ACGCCAUAGCGGAGCAGCUCGACCCCAGUCAAUCGCGAAGCUCUGUCACGCAGCACGAGCGUUCCAAGAGCGGACGCCGUGACGAGCAGCCCAGGCUCAACUCCCUCCAUUUCAUCACAAGCAUUUCCCACCCGAUGCGUCCAUCGUCGACGACCUAGCAGCUUCUAUAUGGAAGUUCUCGGCAUCGAUACUACGAAACCCUACCCGUUUACCAAAGCGUCUGCCAUCAUCCGCUGCUGCAGAUGGUUGCCAUCGAGACUGUUCACUUAACGGAUCGGCUCUGGCUUGAAGGACUGCCGGGAAUUAUACGAAAGGGCUGCUCAGCCAAGGCCCUACGAGCCAUUCACUAGCGACAAAAAUGGCGUACUCGACCAGCAGCAGGGCGCCUUCCCCACGGUCAUUUGCCAUUCAGCACCAACGGCCGAAGGAUAGCUUCACGGGUUGCUCCAGAAUACACGACUAUGAGCUACUCCAGAAACUUGGCGAAGGAACCUUCGGUGAGGUUCACAAGGCACGGUCGAAGAGGACUGGUGCCCUGGUCGCCUUGAAGAAGAUUAUCAUGCAUAACGAAAAGGACGGGUUCCCGAUCACCGCCCUACGCGAAAUCAAGCUUCUCAAGCUGUUGUCACAUCGAAAUGUCCUAAGGUUAGAGGAUAUGGCUGUUGAGCACCACAGCAAGUCGACCGACAAGCGGAAACGACCAAUCAUGUACAUGGUUAUGCCGUACAUGGACCACGACCUGUCAGGCCUGCUGGACAAUCCCUCGGUACAAUUCACAGUGCCGCAAAUCAAAUGCUACCUCCUUCAACUCCUUGAGGGUCUGCGCUACCUGCACGAUAACCACAUUCUACAUCGAGACAUGAAGGCAGCCAACCUGCUCAUCAACAACAAGGGCAACCUCCAGAUUGCCGACUUUGGUCUUGCCCGGCACUAUGAUGGCCCCGUGCCAAAGCCAGGCCAAGGUGGUGGAGACGGUCGUCGGGAAUAUACGAGUCUCGUCGUGACAAGAUGGUACCGACCGCCAGAGCUGCUCCUACAUCUGAAGAGAUAUACCACGGCUAUUGAUAUGUGGGGUGUGGGGUGCGUCUUUGGUGAGAUGCUUACAGGAAAGCCGAUCCUGGCUGGAGAGAGCGACACCCAUCAAUUGGAAAUCAUCUUCGACUUGGUCGGCACCCCGACCGAGCAGUCAAUGCCAGGCUGGAAACAAUUGCCAGGCGCUGAAGGCCUCAUACCUCGGCCACGACCGCCAUCGCUUCCCCAACGAUUUAGAGAACACGGCCCCCAGGCCGUCUCUUUGCUUACGGAGCUAAUGCUGUUGGACUGGCGCGCUCGUCUUAAUGCGCAUGAUGCCCUGGAGCACCCUUACUUCAAGACUGCGCCGUACCCUGCUCGUCCAGAAGACAUCCCAACAUUCGAAGACAGCCACGAAUUAGAUCGCAGGAAGUUCCAUGACCGCAGAGCGGCUUUGCCACCGGCUCCACAGGGAGGUACCGUUGGUGUAGCAGGGUUCGAGGGCUCGAAUGCCUCGUUUGGCGCUGGCGAUGGAUACGGUCACAGAGGUAGCGGGCGCCAUCACAAUAACCACCACAGAGAUCGCCGGGAUAUGGACGACGGCGGGCGACGGCCGACCUGGGCUCGCGAGCAGCCUCGACACGAACACCGCCUCCCACCGCGCCCGCCGCCACCAGAGAACGGGUGGGACUCGCACGGUGACAGUAGGGGGCUCCCACCACGGAGUCGCGGCCCUGGCGCGGGACCUCCGCCGUCCUCGAUGGGUCCAAGACCAGGGGCCGACGUGGACACCUAUAUACCGGCAUACGGCGACCGGCCGCCUCCGCGGGCGGACCGUCCUCCACGUGGAGGAGGGCCAGGCGAUCCGCCACCUAGGAAACGGGACGACCGGGAUGAUAUGCGACGGCACGACUGGGACCGCCGGGACCGAGAUCGCGAUCGCGAUCGCGAUAGGGAUAGGGAUAGAGACAGAGACAGGGAGAUGCGGGAUUACGAUAGCGGUGGCCGCAGCCGUGCCAGCAGGACGCGUAGCAGGAGUCGCUCGCCGCCAAGAGGUGGAGACUCAAGGGACCGGGAUGUAUACCGCAGAUAGCAUCGAUGGGACCAUCGCCGGCACUGAAGUACAUAUGGAGCUUGUGUUACUGGUAUAAAGCUAUCGCUCGAGG